ACGAAUAGAAAAGUCGUAGACAAGUUGACAAUCGUUUAAAGUGAUAGAAUUGAAUAUAAUCGUUUCUACAACGAUAAUCGCUAACUCCAUACAAAAUGGUAGCCAAGUUACAGUUUUGACAAGCGCUGACGAAACGAUGUCGAAGUUUUUUAUCGAUAACUAAGCGAUCUUAGAGACUCAAUAGUUAACGCUAAAAAAAUGGCGUCUUAUUUGGUGAUCGACAAGUGUUUUGUUUGUUAAACUUAUUUUUUUCUAUUAUUACCUUUUAAAAUGCAUACUUUAAAUAUGUUGUGGUGUGCUCAUAAUGAAGAAGUGUGGCUUAGGCGGCAAAAAAGAGACAAAAAUCGUCAGUGCAUGGAAAACAUACGCGAAAUGCCGGCAACAUUAUUUGUGCAGCAAUUUCGGCUAGACAAAACAACCUUUGAAGCUCUUUGUCGUGAACUCCGACACAAGACUUCGUUAAAAGGAACCAAAGAGAUUCCCCUCAAUGUUAAGGUAUUGUGCACUCUUAGUUUCCUAGCAACAGGAUCCUAUCAGCGAAUUGUUGGGGUUUCUCAGCAUCUUGCCCAACGGACAGCUAGUCGGUGCAUAAGACAAGUCAUUGAUGCUUUGAACCACUCUGCUAUCAUGGAAAAAUGGAUCAAGUUUCCGAAAACACGACAAGACAGAGCAUUUAUAAAACAAGAGUGAGCAUUUAAAGUAACAAUAUUUAAUUUAUGAAAUAAAUUUAAUAAACAUAACAUUUUAAUUUACGAGGUUCCAAAGAAGAUUUGGCCUGCCUGGUGUAAUUGGGUGCAUAGACUGCACCCAUAUAGCUUUGGUAAAGCCCAACCAUGAAGAGCAUCUUUUUUAUAAUAGAAAAGGAUAUCAUUCCUU